GUCCGCCCCUCGGCUGUAUUGACCCUGCCCGGCCGCCGUCAUUUUAGCGCCUGCGCAGUGCGGGCGAAGGGGAGCUGAUGGCGGUGGUGGGGGUGCGGGCUGCGCGCUGGCUGCGGGCGGUGACCCUGCUACGGGCGGCGGGGGCCCGAGCAGCUUCGGACUUGCCCAAGCACUUGAUGCCUGGACCUUACCCCAAGACCCCAGAGGAAAAGGCAGCUGCUGCAAAGAAAUACAACAUGAGGGUGGAGGACUAUGAGCCAUAUCCGGAUGAUGGCAUGGGGUAUGGUGAUUAUCCCAAACUUCCUGACCGAUCUCAUCAUGAGAGAGACCCCUGGUAUCAGUGGGACUACCCCAGUCUGAGACAAAACUGGGGAGAGCCGAUGCACUGGCACUUUGACAUGUUUCUCCGGACCCGUGUUGACACGUCCCCCACUGUGGUAUCCUGGCACACCAUGCGCAAUCGCUUCUUACUCUUUAUUGGCUUCAUGCUGUUUAUGUUCUGGCUUGGAGAAAUGUACCCAUCCUACAUGCCUGUGGGACCGAAGCAGUAUCCUUACAAUAACCUGUACCUGGAGCGAGGGGGCGAUCCCAGCAAAGAGCCCCCAGAGGUGAAGAACUAUGAAAUCUGAAAGAUGCAUGGGAAAUGUAGCUCUUCUCCUGGGAUAUUUACACUGGGGAUCCUCCAGAGUGUUCACUGCAGGAUGCACUUGUUCUCUUAGACAUUUACUCUUAAUGAAAUAUAUUGUGAAAAAUCUUGUGGUGGAUUUCUUUUCUUUGAAGAGGCUAUAAAGUGGGCAGUGAAGUUA